AUGAACCGCUGGCUCCUUUUUCUUCUCCCAUUACACGUUCUCGCCAGCAAGGACAGGCCUCAUGGUGUCUCUCCUGAACUAGCGGCCCGUUACGUCCCCAUCAAGCAGGGCUCCUCGCAAGCGUGGCAAUGCUUGGAUGGGUCUAAGUCGAUCGACUGGUCUGUGGUGAACGACGAUUUCUGCGACUGUCCAGACGGCAGUGAUGAGCCUGGCACAAGCGCGUGUCCCAACUCGUCAUUCUACUGUGUGAACGAGGGCCACAUUGGAUCGUAUAUUUCAAGUACUCGGGUGAACGACGGGCUUUGUGAGGCCGAGUGCUGUGAUGGCUCCGACGAGCCUUCCGGUGUCUGCACGAAUGCGUGCAAGGAAGUGGGCGAGGCAUACCGGGAACGAGUCAAGGCCGAGAACAAGCUCCGCAAGACCGGCUCCAAGAUCCGCUCUUCUUAUAUCUCGUUCGCACAAAAGGAGAAGAAGCGUUUGGAGGACGAAAUCGCGAAGGCAGAGCAAGAUAUUGCUAUACAGGAGAAAGAGGCAGCGCACCUGAAAGACAUCAUGGAGAGGACCGAGUCUCUGUCGGAAGCAGCGCUCGAAGAGAAGAAGGGAUCUCCCCUGUAUCAGUCGUUCAUGGAGCAUGUCAUGGCGCUUCGCUCCUUGCAACGCGAGCACCAGAAGCACCUUGAGCGCGAAAAGGCCCUCGGCCAGAUACUAGACAGUCUCCGUACCGGCUACAACCCGAACUACCAGGACAUGGCCGUUCUGGAGGCCGUACGUGGAUGGGAGCACCUUGCUGCCCUGCCACACAUCAACGACGUUGGCAAGGACGGUGACGACGACUCGGAGCUUGGCUCAGACGAGCCGGCCCAGGAGGUCGAGGAGGAGGUCGAGGAGGGCAUGUGGUCCGCGUCGCAGCUCGAGCAUCAGCUGGACGACCUGCUUGAGACUGACUAUGAGGGCCUUCUACUGGAGCACGACAAGUUUGUCGGAGCACCCGCCUCCGCAGCGUCGCUAUUGCACAACCCUUCCGCCUACCUGCCCGAUGCUCUUGUCCCUUCGUUUGAAGCUUUCCGCGACAAGAUCAUGCCUUGGCUCACAGCGUUUGGGCUUGCCUCCCCCGUAGCUGACACGGACGGCGCCGAUACCUCCAAGGCACAGAAGGCAGUGACCGAUGCCGAGAACGAGCUCUACAAGAUCCGCCGCGAGAGGGAUACCAGUGCCCAGGCACUUGACCGCCUCUUCGAUCCCGAAUGGUUCGGCGCCGAGGGCGAGUGGAAGAAGCUCGAGGGCACAUGCAUUGAGAAGGAAGUUGGAGACUACGCAUACGAGGUCUGUCUCUUUGAUGAAGCUCGCCAACGACCCCUUCGUGGUGGUCAAACCUUCAGCCUCGGUAAAUUCUCGAGCUGGAAUGAUGCCGACGGCAUUGAGAAGGGAACGCCCGGCUACUACAAGAGGAUGAAGUAUACUCACGGCGCCAAGUGCUGGAAUGGGCCUCAACGCAGCGUGACGCUCGACAUGAGCUGUGGCCUGGAGAACGUUGUCUUGGCCGUCUCGGAGCCAGAGAAGUGCGAGUACGAGUUCAAGGUCACAAGUCCUGCGCUAUGUCUUCCGCUGUCUGCCUCUGGAGGCAAGAAGGAGGAGCUGUAG